AUGGUCGGCAACCAAACGAUCCUCUCUCCGCCUCAGGAAGAGGGAAACGCGGCUGGAGGAUCGAGCAAAGGCGGAGCCGGCAGUCGUGCUACGGAGAAGAAGCCGCAGACGUUUACUUUCGACAAGUCUUACUGGAGUGCAGGUGAUAGAAGCGAUCCAGAUUAUUGCUCGCAACAGACUCUGUACGAAGACUUGGGGAGAGAGCUCCUGGAUCAUGCGUUCAACGGGUUUAAUGCAUGUAUCAUGGCAUACGGACAGACAGGCUCGGGAAAGUCGUACAGUAUGAUGGGCUACGGCGCUGACAAGGGCAUUAUACCACUCACUUGCGAGGAGCUCUUCCGUCGACUGGACGAAAAGCGAGCUUCGGAUCCCAACGUCGACUUUCGAGUCGAAGUAUCAUAUAUCGAGAUUUACAACGAGAAAGUUCGUGACCUUUUGAACCCCAAGAAUACCGGAAACUUGAAAGUUCGAGAACACCCUAGUCUUGGUCCAUAUGUCGAGGAUCUGUCAAAGCUGCUGGUGGGCACCUAUGACGAGAUGAUUACUCUCAUGGACGAAGGCAACAAAGCGCGUACGGUGGCUGCAACCAACAUGAACGAAACAUCCUCGAGGUCCCACUCCGUGUUUACCUUAUUGCUCACUAUGAAACGACAUGACGAAGGAACGAAUCUGGAUACGGAGAAAGUGUCGAGAAUCAACUUGAUAGAUCUUGCAGGCUCUGAACGAGCCAAUUCUACUGGUGCUACAGGUCAACGUCUCAAGGAAGGAGCUAAUAUCAACAAAUCUCUCACGACGCUGGGCAAAGUCAUUUCUUCUCUCGCCAUGGCGUCUCAAGCCGAGGGCAAGUCAAAAGGGAAGAAAAAGGCGGAAGAAUUCGUACCCUAUCGAGACUCAGUCCUUACGUGGCUGCUCAAAGACAGUCUUGGUGGAAACAGCAAGACGGCCAUGAUUGCCGCCAUCUCUCCUGCCGACUACGAAGAGACGCUCAGCACGCUUCGGUAUGCGGAUCAAGCAAAGAAGAUUAAGAACAAGGCCGUCGUCAACGAGGAUCCGAAUGCCAAGCUCGUCAGGGAGCUCAAGGAGGAACUCGAGAUGCUCCGAGCGAGGGUCGCGGGCGGUGGUGGGAUCGCUGAGGAGACGUACGAUCCGAGCGUCGUGCGGUACAAGGCCAAGGAUGGUACAGUCAAGACCGUGACAAAGGCAGAGUUACAGGAGCAACUUGAGAGUAGCGAAAAGCUUAUGCAGAGCUUGAAUGAGACUUGGGAGGAGAAGUUGCAGAAGACGCAAGAGGUACACAAGGAGCGGGAAAAGGCGCUCGAAGAGUUGGGGAUCACGGUUGAGAAGAAUAUGGUGGGUGUGCAUGCGCCCAAGAAGAUGCCACAUUUGGUCAAUCUGAAUGAGGACCCUCUCAUGAGUGAAUGUCUCGUUUAUCAGCUCAAAAUGGGACGCACGGUCGUUGGACGUUUAGACAGCAACAAGCCAGCUGCCAUUCGUCUCAGUGGGGAGAACAUUCUAGAGGAGCAUUGUUAUUUUGACAACGAGAAUGGCGUCGUGACACUUCAAGCUUCAUCCGGAAGCAUCACUUUCCUCAAUGGCAAACAAAUCGCUCCAGAUCAGCCUUAUAAGCUCAAAUCUGGUUUCCGAAUCAUUCUAGCAUCACGUUUUCGCUUCAACAACCCAGAGGAGGUUCGGAAGCAGCGAGAUCGGCAACGCCUUUCCCUCGCUCUGACAGAAGGAGUUGACAAAGAUGUCUCCGGUGGCGCUACACCUAUAACACGACCCGACUCUCCUGCGUCGAGUGCAGCCGACGUUGAUUGGAACUAUGCAAAACGCGAAGCAGCGCUCCGUUUGGCUGGCCUCGACCCUGACAGCAUGCCCGACGACCAGCUCGACUCGCUGUAUGAAAAGAUUACGAAAGUAAAAUCACAGCGAGGACGUCGGCUAGAGGGCAGUCGACCGGAAAGUAGCGCAAGCUUUAGCCAACUCGAUGACAUGUGGAGCGAGGCCGGCAGGCCUGUUCAAAACUACGACGCGUUCACGGACGACACGUCGGUGGUUGAUAAUCAGAAUGGGACAAUGUACGACGAGGGGAGUUCUGUCACUGGUGCUGCCUCUGCGCAGAUCAAAGAGAUGCAAGGUCAACUUGAAGCGCAGCGCAUAGAGUUUGAGAACCGUUUGAACGCCCUCGGGGAAGGACCAAGUGUUGAAGCGGAGGACCUCAAAGUCGAAAAGGAUCAUAUGGAAAAGCAGCUUGUGGUCGUUCAGGCCCAGAUGAAGCGACUUCUCGAGAUGCGCGGCAGAGGCAAGAUUGAUGAGGACUUUGUGCCUUUCGAACCGGUCUUAUAUUCCGCCAAGCAGCUCCGACUCAUUCGCAAGGUGCUGGACAAGUGGAGGGCUCAUCGCGCAUUUUCGAUGGCGGAAACCGUUCUCUCAAACGCUGUCGUCGUCAAGGAGGUCAACGUUAUCAGCAAAGAGCUUGAUAAAGAAGUCACGUACAAUUUUACUAUUGCGGCUGGCGGGUCAUUAGCUGCCCCAGUAUCGGCUUUGGACACCAUUGCCGGCUUGGAUGAAUUUGGAGACGUCGCAGACCCAGUCCUGGCGUCAGCCACACAACCGUCUGUUGGCGUCAAAGUGGUUGACAAGGCGCACAAUGCGAUCUACGUGUGGUCGCUAGAUAGGCUUCAGCAACAGCUCCAAAAGAUGCGGAACCUGACGACAUACAUUGACCGACCUCAGUACUCUCAGCAUUUCUCCUCAGCUCAACCAUUCUACGACUCUCCUGCCCCGGAGUAUUCCUUCAUAGGAAACGCCCUCAUCUCACUUGCGCCGCUGGCUAGGAAGCUCUCGGCAACCUCGACUGUCCCCAUCUUUUGCCGGUAUACCGCGGAAGCUAUUGGCUCAUGUCGAGUCGAUUUGAAGGUGGCCAGCGUGACGGCACCGGUCAAACGUGGAACUGGCUCUGCGUCAUCGACACGGCCCUCGACGAGAGCCCCUUCGCCAAUCAACAAUCAGCUGCAGCCGGGAUGUAAAGUCAACUUUUUGCUCUCCGUUGACCAGGUCAAGGGACUCGGGUCGAAUGAUUUCUCGUCGGUUCAUCUCCAAAUCCGGCUCGCAUCCCUUGCUGGUCCUAGCCUCCGAUCCCAAGAGGUGUUUCACUCCCCUGUAGUCGACCUCACCAAAUCUGGCUCGUCUGAACUCAAGUUCAGGCGCACGUUUCAGCUUGCUGUCACCUCGAAGAUCCUGGCGCACAUGCGCGAGGGGUAUGCGCCAAUAGAAUUCUUCGCCGCACUCCAACCUACAUACCUCGAACGAAUGGAACGCUGGGAUGAGAUGCGGGAGCAGAGAUAUAUCCUUCCAAAGCCGCAACUUGCUCGAGCCCCCAGCUCUAGUGGGUCAAGCACAAACCUGCCUUCUAUGCGCCGUUCCGAGAACGACUUUGUCGUGGAACAAGCACAUGACGUAAUUGCUUGGCUGAGCAUCUGCGAACUCGGAUCCGACGGCCAGUACAAGCCUGUACCGGUGCUCUCUCAUGGCCCGCUGGAUCCAGGGUCAUUCUCGCUGCAUCAGGGUCUGCAGAGAAAACUCAAUCUGAACCUCUGGUGUAACGCUGGAAAGCAGCUUCCCUGGGUUGCAGUCACCAAGAUCAAGGUCGGGAAUGUGCGGUUACUAGAUGCCAAAGGGCUGGCGCACGAGUCAGAGUCCAAAGACAUGUUUGAAGUCAAACUCGGCAAACAACAAAACGUCGAAUUUAAACCAGACGGCACCGGAACGCUCUCCGUGGAUGCACCUUGGGAUUCGUCAGUGCACGAGUCAUCUUUACUCAACCGCGUCACGGCAAACGGACAGCGAAUUCUCCUUCAGAUCCAAUGGUCCGUGGAUAUUGAUACAUGCGUGGAUCCGGUUCUAUUUUCAAUGGACAUGGCCGUCACUAUGCAAGCUCGAGACGCUGGAACCCCUUCGCGCUUUGUGUCCAUGUUCAGCUCUACUAAGAGACUGAGCAAGUCGAGCUCUGUCUUCCGAGUCAAGCUUACCCCGCCGUUGACGAGGUCUGCCAAAGAUUUGUGGCGACUGGACACGUCCGAAAAGUAUGUGCGAGGCGAGGAUUCAUUGGGAACAUGGAAGCCGCGUGGAAUCUCCGUGGUCGAAGAUUACGAGCGGCUUAUCGCAACCGAAAAGCGUUCUGCCGACGUUCAGGCGAUCAAAGUCAUUCUUGCGGCAUCACCUCCGGCACCGUACUCUGGCUCGAAGGAUGCCGCUGCGCUGCUCAAAGAAUCCCUGGAGCUUUGGCAGAAGAAGUUUGGUCACGAGGGCAGGAUCGUGUUGAGCCAGGAUCCAGAAGAAGACGAAACAACCGGUCCUACGACAAGCAUGCUACAACCUCCACAACCACUUAAAUUAGUCGGACAAUCAAAGUUGAUGCCGAGAUCGGAUAUGUCUACUCGGUCCGGCUCCUUGCUCCUCCUCACCGAUGCAGGAGAGAAUACAUGGAAGAAGCUUUGGUUCGUUUUGCGAAGACCUCACUUGUACAUAUACCAACACUCUAACGAGCUAGACGAAGUCGGCAUUAUCAGCCUGACCGGUGUCAAGGUCGAACACAGUACCCAUAUGGAAACUUUGCUUGGAAAACCGCACAUCUUCACCCUCUUUACCUCUUCGAAUUCUCAUGUCUUCGCGGCGCCAAACGAUAAGGAACUCCAAACCUGGAUUGCAAAGCUGGAUCCAACGCGUUUGCCGCCUGCCAUGACCGCAUGA